GUAUGAAAAAAAUAAUAGUAUUUAUGCAAUACUUUACUCAAAUGAUAAACCUCUUUUUACUUCUAGUUAUUCACGAAAGUUAUUAUUUAACAGAUAAUUAAUUUUUUAAACUAUUGUAUUAACUACAGUCAAAUGGUAUAUGCCAUAUAUUUUGAUUUUUAACUGUGUAGUUUACUUAUACCAUAAUUACUGAGAAAGUGUUUGGUUUACACAUUGUAGAGUCCUAUUUAUGAACCCUAAGUCUAAUUACUAAUAUUGGAAUCAAAAUCAGUUUGCAAACAAAUUAAACUAUGGAAGUAAACAAAGAUGAAGCUUAUCGGUGUUUAGACCGUGCCCAAUUCUAUCUUGGUGAAGGUGAUUUGGAAAAAGCUGAAAAGUUUAUAAAUAAAAGCAAAAAACUUUUCCCCACAAUUGAAGCGGAUGGUAAUCAUAAUUAUUUAUUAUAUUUUUUAAAAUUAUUAUUUUGUUUUUAUGAAUAUAUUUUUGUGUAGAUCUAUUAAAAAAAUUAAAAAGUUCAAAAAACCGUUCAUCAAAUUUGAAGGCUGAUGGACAAAAUACUAAAAAACGCAGAGAUACUCCACCAGGUAUUAUGUACCUAUUUUAAUUUUAAUUUAUUUAUUAAAAAAUACUUAUUUUAUUUACAGGUAGCCCUAGGUCUGGAAAAGAUAAUCAACCGACAUACACUAAAGCGCAAUUGGAUACUGUUAAAAGGUAGUAGGAUAUAAACACAGAAUUCUAUAUUUCCUAAUGGACUUUCUUAAUAUCUGUAUUUCUAGAGUUAACACGUGCAAAGAUUUUUAUGAAGUACUUAACAUAAAAAAAGAUGCUACUGAUACUGAUAUAAAAAAAUCAUAUAAAAAAUUAGCCCUGUUAUUGCAUCCUGACAAAAAUCAUGCACCAGGAGCAGCUGAAGCUUUUAAAAGUACGGAAUUUAUGGUUAUUAAUUUUAUAAAUAUAUCUUUGGUUAUAUUACUUAUUAAUGUUGUUCACCAUUAGCUGUUGGUAAUGCCGUUGCUACAUUGACUGAUGCAGAAAAACGAAAACGUUAUGAUAUGAUUGGUCCUGAAAUGUCUUCAUCAUCAGACAAUACAUCCAGAAAUUAUGACCAAGGAUUUGAAUGUAAAUUGAUGUUUUAAAUGGACUUUUUAUUCAACAUAAAUGAUAAGCAUUAAAAUAUUUUUUUUAUAGCGGAUAUAACUGCUGAACAAUUGUUUAAUAUGUUCUUCAAUGGUGCUUUUCCAACAAGGCAAGGGCCUAUGCAUAAUCCAUAUUAUAGUCGAUCACAUACAAGACGUUGGCCACCUGAGUCUAACAAUGACAAUCAUCACCAACAACAGGUAUUUUUAUAAUCUUUUUUUAGUAUUAUUACAAAGAAUUUUAUAUUAAUUUAAAAAAAAUUAAAACUAAACUUAAAACUUGUUUUUACUAUAACUAUACGUAAUGUAAAAUUGAAUAGUUAUUUAUGUACUAUUGCUUUAAGAUUGCUUUAAGUAAAUUAUGAAACUUGAUAGUUUCAAUAGUUCUAGAAAUUUAAUACCAAUAAUUAAUUAUUUAUUUAACAAUAUGAGAUAGUCAAGAAGAUAGGUAAAUGAAAUGUAGAAGGAAGAAUUAGGACAAAAAAAAAGUGGAUAGAGAUACUAGGGCAUGUGAAUUAUAUGGAGUAAACUUCAUCGUAGAGGAUGAGAAUAGUGGCUGAUUCCACUUUUAUGAGAUAACAUUUUAAAAACUAAAUUUUAAUACCAUGAUUACAGGAUAUUAAACUAAGAAAUUGACAAAAAAAUUACCCCAAUGCACUUAUCUAAAAUUGCAACAUGCAAAUUAAAAGAAGGUUUAUUAAAAUUGCUUCCUUAUUUUGGAAUAAAUUUAGUGUAUGACCCAAGCUCAUUUUUCAAUUUUUUUUUUUUUCAAAAUAUGUGUUUUAAACUAGAUUUAUAUCCUUAUUUUAUUUGAAAUAUCAAAUCAACAGGUAUUAAUGAAUUAUACAAUGUACCAUCCAAGAAUAUUUACUUUAUUAUUUCUGGUCUAUAUUUCAAUGCACUAAAUAAAAAAAUAUAUGUUUAUAACUUUGUAUGGUAACAUAUUAUAUUACAUUUUUUUUUUUGUUUUAGUCUGACGGAAUUGUUGAACCACCAAUAAUUAUCCGAAUUUUAUUGGGUGUUGGAGCCUUAAUUUUUACUUAUAUUUUAAAUAAAAUAAUUUAAUAAAUACUUUUAAGAAUCUUCAUAAUUUGUAUUAUUAUUUAAAACUAUCAAAAUAACAAAACGUGUAGAGUGAUUCACUAAGAUAAAUUUGUGAUUAUUAAAUAGUUAGUAAUUAGUUAUUUAAAAAAAAAAAUAUUAGAAUUUGAAGUAAAAUUAUUAACACUUUUUUGAUUCUUGCAUUAUUAAUAUUCUGCAUAAUUUGUAUUAUGUACUUAAAAGAAGCCGUUAAUUAUUUAUAAAUAUUGAAUUGUUUCUUUGAUAACAUAUUUUAUUAUUUAUGUAGGUAAGAACCUUCCUAUUUGAAAAAAUAAUUGUAAUUGAAUAUUAAUUAAAACAACAAGUAGUCAAAUGAUAUACUAUUAUUUUAUUAUUGAUAUCCUUAAAAUAAUGAAGUUCUAAGUAUAGGUUUUUUCAUAUUUUAAGGUUGGUAAAAUUUUAAGAUUAUUAAAAAAACUGCUACCAUAAAGAACCUAUUAGUUUUAUUUGUUCAAAGUUACGAUUAUUCCAUUGAAUUUUGCAUGCAUGGAUAUUAUUCCAAAGUUAACCAUAAAAAUAAUGUUUGGUGUUCUCAAAUUAGCAAUGCCACCAAGGAAAACAGAUGAUGUUGCCGAUGGAAGUUGAACUUUUUGUGUUUAAAAAAGACGUUCUAGGAUAAUGGGGUUGGCUGCAGCCACUGUUAUAAGUAAUUUAAUGUACACCUGUAAGCAACGAUAAAUCAUUGCUAACGAAAAAAUGAUUCUGAGCAGACAUAGUGCAGCUUUGUCAACAAUAUAAUAUAUGUUAUAUAUUAUGGUAAAAUUCCAAUUAUUACAAUUUCAAAAUUAAAAUGGAUCCUGUUUUUUUUUGGUUUUUUACAUUUGUUGAAAAAACUCCUGAGAAAAUCGAAACAUGAUCUCUCUAAAAUACCUCCCCUGUAAAAUUUCCUUUUAGAAAAAUUGCUAUCAUUAAUAAGUUGGAGCCGAAUUGCUAGUAAAAAGUUGUCUGCAGAAAAUAAAGUUUAAUAUUUUACUAAUAUAUUUCGUACAUUUUUCUGUGUUUCCUCCAUUUUUUUUUUUUUUGAAUUCGCAUUUGAUGGGAAAAUUCGAGAAAAUACCUCCCGAGUUGGAUAUCCUUUCAGAAAAGGUGCUACACAUAAAAUUCAGAGCAAGAUCUUUGGUAGAAAAAUUGUCCACAGUAAAAAAAAAUAAACAUCUUUGUAAAACCAUAAGCUUCUUUGUCCCAUUCAGAAUCUAAAAGAAAUUAUAAUGUUAACUUGUAUUAAAAAAUAAUUUGUUGUAUAUAUCUAUGAAAGUAGAUAAUUUAUAAAAAUGUAUAUAUAUAUAUUAUAUAUUUUGCAUUACUAUAACUCAUUUAACUGAGAUAGGUAAUAUAGCUUAGACUUUAUAUUUUCUGAGUUUCUUACUCGGCGUUCUUCUUAACGAUUUAAGGUUGGCCACUCUAGUUGUCAACUUCCACUUGGCUCAAAUUCAUUUUUCUCACAUAUAACAUUUUCCAAAUAAUUUCAUAUCGCUCUUUUUCUAACUUCCUAUUUUUUAGUUCUACCUUUUCUUUUAUUUCCUUUAUCAUUUAUACUGCCUCAUCUGUAUGACCUAAAUGUUAUUUUUGGCCUUAUGACUUAAAUCUUAUAAAAUGUACCUUUAAACCUAAAUACCUAAUGGUAUCUUUUAUGAACACAAUAGAUUUGUAUCAAAACACAAUAAAUAAUGGCAGAAGUGGGUACACACAAUAGAUAGUUAUUUAAACUUAUGUAGUUUUCAUUACUUUUUAACUAUGCAUAGUAUUAAUAUCAUUUUUUUUUUUUUUUUGUAUAUUAAUUGAAGUUAAAUAUGUAAUUUCACUUUUGCUAUUUAAUUUACUAAAUAAUUAUACUCAAGUAUUAUUAUUAUAACUUUGUACAUUUAUUUAAAUUUAAUGUUUAAAUUAUUUAAAAUUAUAUUUAUUUUGCUAUAAUAAAUCCAUAACAUUUUUGUAAAACAAAAGAAGAAAUGAUUUAAAUAAUUAUGAAGUUUUUUUUUUUACAAAAUCUAAUCAAUAAUAUUUUACCAAAUUAAAAUUUUUUUAAAAUAUAACUAUUAAACUAUUAUGUUGAUAGGAACCACCAACAAGUAUAUAUUUUCAACUGUUACCAAUUCUUCUAUUACUCAUGCUAUCAUUGUUUUCUAACUUUACGUAUGAUUCAGUGUACUCUCUUAAACAUUCCCAGUAAGUAUUUUAUCAAUGUAAACACAUUGCAAUUAGUAUAUAUGUAUUUAGUUAAGUAUAUUUUUGAUUUUAGAAAAUACCCAGUCAAUCGUCAAACUUCAUUCAGAAAAAUUACAUAUUUUGUGAAAGAAAAUUUCCAUUCUGAUUAUACUGGUGAUUUAAGACGUUUAGAAAUUAGUAUUGAAGAAGAUUAUAUAAAUUCAAUGCGUACCAAAUGUAUUCGUGAAAAGGAAUAUUGUUAGUAGCAUUUAAUUAUCAAAUUAUUUAACAAACGAUAAUAAUAAUUUACUAUUAUAUUGUAGACGAGUCAUUAAUGUGGAGGGCACGUUUGGAUGAUGAUUCAAACCUAUUCAAUAAAGCAUCCAAGUAUCAAAUGAAAGCUUGUGAGGAGUAUCAAACAUUGAUGAAAAAUAGAUAUAAGUAAAUUUUGAUAUUAACAUUCAAUUUGAUUUUUUUGUUUUAUAUAAGUGGUCAGUUUAGAUGUUUAAAGUUAAUAUACAAAUUUCACGGUUUAAAAGUAUUUAUUAGCAAAUUUUUCUAAAUGCAUCAUUUUCAAGUAGGUAAUGAUAGAAAAAAAAAGAGUAAUGUUUCAUUGCAUCAUUAUUUUGAAAAUAGAAAUUUGUCUGUUGACUUAAGUAAUUAUGUUUGCAGAGUAUUAAAAUUCUUAAAUUUAAAAAUUUAAAAAUGUAUUAUUAUACUUUGAAGUAAUAAUAAUAUUAAUUUCUAUGCUUUAUUGCCAACUAUUUGGUAUGAAUCAACUAAUAUUUAAAAAAAAAAAAAAACAACUAUAUUAUGUAUUUGUAAACAUUUUCAUUAUGCAUACAAAAUUGAUUUUUACAAAGAACAUCUAUACAUGUUUUGUAUAGUAUCACAGUUUAAAUUACAAGUAUUAUACUUAAAAAAGGUAUAAAUUAUCUAUAAGUAAUUAAAAUAUCUCUUAGAAUAAUUUAGUUAGCUUACUUGGAUAUGUUAGGAUCAUAUUCAUUUUUAGCAUUGUUGUUUUUAUUUACCUUUAUAUUUACUUUAUCAUUUAUCUCAUUGUUUAUACUGUGGUUAUUAUAUUAUAGAGAAUUGUUUUUUUUUAAUGUUUUUAAAUAUAUAUAUAUAUAUAUAUAUAUAUAUAUAUACAUAUAUAUAUUAUAUUCAUAUUAAUUUUGUUAUUAUAGUUAACUACUAUUUCUUAUACAAUUUUAAAAUUUAAAAAUAAAUUAUUCUUCAAAUGCUUGC